CAGCCAUUCAUUCGCUUUAGCUCUUCGCGCAUACUGACAGGUAUAGUCGUUAUCUCACAGACAGUUGAAUUCCCCCCUCCUCCCCUCCCAGCAUGGCUGCAGACUCGAUGGAGAUUGACGACUCUCUUUACAGCCGCCAGCGAUAUGUGCUGGGAGAUAGUGCUAUGCACCAGAUGGCCCAGUCAUCAGUCUUUCUUAGUGGAAUGGGAGGACUGGGAAUAGAGAUAGCAAAGAAUAUUGUCCUGGCCGGUGUAAAGGCAGUCACCCUUCAUGACACAAAGCAAUGUGAAACCUGGGAUCUGGGCUCCAACUUCUUUAUCCGCAAAGAGGAUGUGUUGAGCCAGAGAAAGAGGGUGGAGGCGGUGUGUCCUCGGGUAGCAGAGUUGAACCCUUACGUUCAUGUUGGCUUGUCUUCAUGUGCUCUGGAUGACAACACUGAUCUCAGUUUUCUCAGCAAGUAUCAGUGUGUGAUUCUGACUGAAGCCAGGUUGAGUCUACAGAAAAGAGUAAAUGAGUUUUGCCACUCACAACAACCUCCCAUCAGAUUCAUUGGCUGUGACACAUAUGGCAUCUGUGUGCGAGUGUUCUGCGAUUUUGGAGAGGAAUUCGAGGUGUCCGAUCCCACAGGAGAAGAGCCCAAGGAGAUUUUCAUCCAAAGUAUCACACAGGACAGUCCUGGGGUGGUAACCUGCAUGGACAACCAACCCCACGGCCUCCAGACAGGCCAGAGUGUUGUCUUCAGAGAGGUCAAUGGCAUGGUGGAACUCAAUGGCACUGCACGACAGGUGUCAGUCCUCUCCCCUCACAGUUUUGCAAUAGGAGAUACAUCCCAUCUACAACCACAUGCACAUGGAGGUUUCUUUGUCCUGGUGAAAACCCCUAAGACAUACAAAUUUGAGACAAUAGAGAAACAGUUGUGUGAUCCUCAACUCCUGACCCCAGACUUCAGUAAACCAGAGGCUCCACCACAGAUCCACGCAGCCAUGUUGGCGCUGGACACCUUCCAGGAGCAACACAGUAGACUUCCCAACAUUGGGUGUUUACAGGAUGCUGAGGUUUUACUGAAGCUAACUGAGGAAGUGAAUGCUACUCUAAGGAACAAAGCUCCUGUGAAUGCAGAGUUGGUGCGUUGUCUUUCAAGGACAGCGAUGGGAACUCUUCCUCCAUUAAUAGCAGCUGUAGGAGGCCUAGCUAGCCAGGAAGCUCUUAAAGCCAUCACAGGGAAGUUUGCACCACUCCAGCAAUGGUUUUACCUUGAUGCCAUUGAAGUUGUCAGGCCCCUUCAGUCACUUUCUGCAGAGGAGUUUUUCCCCAGGGGCGAUCGGUAUGAUGGAUUACGAGCCUGCAUCGGUGAAUCAAUGUGUCUUGAACUACACAAGCUCAGGGUCUUCAUGGUCGGCUGUGGUGCCAUAGGCUGCGAGAUGCUUAAAAACUUUGCCCUACUCGGGGUUGGAUUGGCCAAGAGCUCAGGGGAGGUGUGCAUCACAGACCCAGAUCUUAUAGAAAAGUCAAACCUCAACAGGCAGUUUCUCUUCAGACCACAUCACAUACAGAAACCGAAGAGUACCACAGCAGCGGAAGCCACUCACGAUAUCAACCCAGACCUGCAUGUGGAUGCUCACCUCAACAAGGUGUGUCCGGCUACUGAGAGCAUCUACAGUGACUCCUUCUACUCCCGCCUGAACCUCGUGGUCACUGCGCUGGACAACGUGGAAGCCCGGAGAUAUGUAGACAGUCGCUGUGUAUCCAAUCAGAGACCGCUCCUGGACUCUGGCACUAUGGGAACUAAAGGACACACAGAAAUCAUUGUGCCAAAUUUGACAGAGUCCUACAAUAGCCAUAGAGACCCCCCAGAGGAGGAAAUCCCAUUCUGCACUCUCAAGUCUUUCCCUUCUGUCAUAGAGCACACCAUCCAGUGGGCCAGAGACAAGUUUGAGAAUGCAUUUGUCCACAAGCCCUCCGUGUACACCUCUUUCUGGCAGACCCACUCCUCGGCUGAAGUGGUGCUACAGAGGAUGCAGAGAGGGGAAAGUCUGGAGGGGUCAUUUCAGGUUAUUAAGCUGCUAAGCAGACGGCCUAGCCAGUGGGAACAAUGCAUCACUGUUGCCCGUCUGAAAUUUGAAAAGUAUUUCAAGAGAAAGGCCCUACAACUGUUGCACUCUUUCCCCCUGGACACAAGGUUAAAGGAUGGAAGUUUGUUUUGGCAGUCCCCAAAAAGACCUCCAGCACCUAUUGAUUUUGACUUGAAAGACUCUUUGCACUUCACUUUCAUUGUCAGCACUGCCCGGCUUUUCGCAGGGAUUUAUAACAUCCCUUACUCAGAAAAGGAUGUCUCCGAGGAGGUGGUGACCAGGAUUCUCUCAGAUGUCAAGAUUCCUGAGUACAGGCCCUCAGAGAAAUGUAUAGAGACGGAUGAAACAGUAAAGAAGCCUGAUCAGAUGAAGAUGCCACAAAGCAGUGAAGAGGAGAGGGAAGCCAUCACACAGCUGGAGCAGGCCAUUGUUGCAGACUGCGUCACACCAGAGAGCUUACAGAUGAGUCCACUGCAGUUUGAAAAGGACGAUGACAGCAACGGCCACAUGGACUUUGUCGCAUCAGCAUCUGCUCUCAGAGCGAGGAUGUACUCCAUCGAGCCAGCUGAUAGACUCAAGACCAAACGCAUCGCUGGCAAGAUCAUCCCUGCUAUUGCCACGGCAACAGCUGCUGUGGCUGGACUGGUGGCCAUCGAGUUGAUCAAGGUGGUUGGAGGCUACGAGUUUGAAUCUUUCAAAAACUGCUUCUUUAACUUGGCCCUCCCUGUCAUGGUGCUCACUGAGCCUGCUCCAGUUAAACAGACACUCAUCAGGGACAACAUCUACUUCUCCAUCUGGGACUGUUGGACUAUUUAUGGCCAUGAGGACUUCACCCUCUCUGACUUGAUGAAUGCAGUGAGGGAAAAGUAUGGAAUUGAACCUACUAUGGUUGUCCAUGGUGUGAAGAUGCUCUAUGUACCUGUGAUGCCUGGACAUUCAAAGAGACUUAAAUUAACGAUGCAGAAGCUGAUCAAGCCAUCAGUGGACCGCCGCUACGUCGAUCUCACCGUGUCAUUUGCUCCGGAGGCAGAUGGGGACGAGGACCUCCCUGGUCCUCCUGUCAGGUACUUCUUCACCCGCGAUGGAGAGACGCCCUGACACCUUUCUAAAUCUCGUCCUCAAACCUCUUGUGUCCUUACUUCCCUUUCAUGUAAAUUACUGUACCCCAAUAGCCUGGGCCAGGGCCAAGAGUUUUCCCUCAGCAUGUUACCUGACAUGGGCAAAGCUCCUGGCCCCAGCACAAGCCCCCCCCCUGUACUUCAUGGAGCAAGAAAAAGCCAGUCCUGGUCCCAGUUUUUCUUGCCUCAGAUCUAGCCAGUGGAACACGAGGCUGCUUGAGUAGCACUUAACUGUACCUGUGUACAUAUAUUUUCUCUGUUCUGUUUUCUACUCUGGUGAAACGCACAGCUCCACCUGUGUCGAUGCCUUAAUUGAUUAAUAACCUUUUUCUGUUUGUGGCAGUGAGUCUGACUAAAAACAAUGUUUACAGAAACCUGCAUAAUCCUGACAUACAGCCCCAUUAGUCUAAUGUCUGUUUUAAAUCUGCCAGGACUGUUGGAGCAGUGAAGUGGAUUUGUAGUGUGUAGACAUCACAUCUUCUUCCUCAGAGUCCUCUCAUUGGUUUUGAAAAUAUUGGCAGCCACAGAAUUUGCCGGUAGUUGGUCGUCUCCCCUCAUAGCAACAAGUCAAGCCAAUAUUUGUUGAUAAAUUUAAAGGUGCAACAGGUCAGUGGACAACGGCGAAAUCACCAAAGAUACUGAUUAUCAUUGUGUCUGCAGAUGAUUGUUCUGUUUCUGUCAUCACUUUGACUGCCUCAUGAAAACACAUUUAUAUCACGGGGUAUGGGUUUUACCCAAACAUUAAAGGACAUCACACACCACUGCGUCUUGAUGUGCUUCAUCACAGGGUUGAUGUCAACUCUUUGGGAUAGUUCACUGUCCUAUUGACGAGCAUCAACGCUUCAUAAAAAGCAGCACUUUUAUCGCAUUGCUUCCCGGUCAUUUGACUCAAAUGACGCAGCUGAUGUGUGGUGAGGUUAAAAAUAUGGGUAAAACCACCUAUUAGUUGUAGCUGCUAGUCUUACCUAUCUCAUUUAAUAUUUAGGUAAUGACGGCACUGACAUCAGUUAACACAUUUGGGCAAACAGAAUGUUCUUUAUUAGAUUAAGUAAUGGUGUGAGUUCAAUGGCUAUUUCACACACAGACAUGAAACAACUGUUCCAACACCUGGAAUUACACUCCUACACUUAAAACACCUUGUUUUUUUUAAAAGAAAAAAUCUUUGCUGUUCAUGAUUUAUUUCUUUAAUUUGUUUAUGGAUGUGUGUCCAUGGCGUGUAUUUAUUUGUUACUCAUUUGUCACUUUUUUUGUGUCAAACUGAGCCUGUGUUGAGCUCUGUUGAGUCAUGGUGCACUGGGUAAUUGUUAAUCAACACUGAACAUGUCAUCCUAAAAGUGUUUAUCCAGGGGUGUGAAUCGCCCUUCUAUUUAGUUCCAGUAGAAGGUUGUGAAAAGUGAAAUAGUCUUCAUUGGCAUGUAUUGGCAAAAAGGUCAAUGUAGUUUUGAAUUGAAUCACUUAAAUCCAACUUUUUAUAUUGAAGUUAUUGAGAUCCACUUGAACAGAGCCCACUAACAGGUUAUCAUCUUCAAAACAAUUAAGACUAAACUCACACAAACUGAUUCCUCGACCACAUUCAUUUCUCUGGCCAUUGCCAGAGGUGGUGAAUUUUUCGCUUUGCACAGAAAAUGUCUAUCAUAUUGACGACACUUCUUGUGCAGUGAAUGUCAUAAAUGUAAAACAAAACAGUGUUAAUGAGUGACAAUGAUAAUGAUGUAUGUUCUUGUGACAGACAACUCAACCAAUGGUCCAAUAAAAUGUGAGACUUCAGGAUGUCCUCAAGACUAAA